AUGAGUCAACAACAAACAUCACCAUCAUCUUCAGUACAAGAAUUUGCCAAACAUGCACACAUUGAUUAUAUUCAACAUUUAGAGGAGAAGGAACAAACAACCUUCGAGUAUUGUGUUACGGAACAUUUGAGAAUGUCGGGAAUGUAUUGGGGAUUAACAGGUAUGGAUUUGAUGAGUGAAUCAUCGAAAAUGAAUAGAGAACAUAUUUUGCAAUUUAUUAGAGAUAGUUAUCAUGCUGAUGUUGGUGGGUUUGCUGGAGCUCCUAAUCAUGAUGCUCAUAUUUUGUAUACAUUAUCAGCUGUUCAAUUAUUGGUUCUCUUGACAAGUAAUAUUGAAGAGUUUUUAACUCUUGAACAAAUUGAAAAAAUUGGUGAAUUUAUUGGAUCUUUACAAAAGGAAGAUGGUAGUUUUUCAGGAGAUAAAUGGGGAGAAAUUGACACAAGAUUUAGUUAUUGUGCACUCAAUUGUUUAGCAUUAUUGGGUCUUCUUGAAACUUGUUCAAAUUAUAGAGGUGACAAGAUCAAUAAUAAGAAAUAUAUCAAUGUAGAAAAAACUGUAGAUUAUGUACUUUCAUGCCAAAACUUUGAUGGAGGAUUUGGUGUUUGUCCUGGAGCUGAAUCACAUGCUGGACAAAUUUUUACUUGUGUUGGUGCCUUGUCAAUUGCCAAAGCAUUGGAUAGAUUUGAUCAUGAUACUCUUUCAUGGUGGUUGUGUGAAAGACAAUGCGAAAAUGGAGGUCUCAAUGGUAGACCAGAAAAACUUUCAGAUGUCUGUUACUCGUGGUGGGUUUUAAGUGCUUUGGGAAUUAUGGAUCGUGUUCAUUGGAUUAAUGCUGAAAAAUUACAUGACUACAUUUGCAAUUGUCAAGACACUGAAAAGGGAGGUAUCAGUGAUAGACCAAAUAAUAUGGUUGAUGUAUUCCACACCUUCUUUGGAAUUGGUGGUUUGAGUUUAUUAGGUUAUGGAGACAAGUAUGGUUUAAAGACUAUUGAUCCAACCUUUGCCUUACCAAUUGAUGCCCUUAAAAAGAUUGGUAUUGAAACACCAUACACUCAACGAUUCGAUCAAUAAUUAUUCAUCAAAAAACAAUUAAAAAUCAAUUCUUGUUAC